CGUAAACCCGGGAUAACAACAGAGGCAUUCAGCAGGUCAUGGAAUUCUGCAGCGAAUCCUGAGCGAGGGGUAGUGGAACAACCAGCACAGCAUUGAACUAUAGUGGUACCCUUAGGUCCUAACGCAAUGGUGCACCCGAGAAUAUAUGUUCCAAUUCACGUGGUACUUAUUUGUUUGCUAGAAUGGACCCAUAUAUCAGGCUUCAACCUGGAUACCUUGAAUGUCCUGAGGAAAGACGGAGAACCGGGCAGUUUAUUUGGAUUCUCUCUAGCCAUGCACCGGCAACUUAAUCCUUCAGAUAAAACAAUACUGUUGAUUGGAGCACCGAGAGCCAAAGCACUGGCUAACCAGAGAGCCAACAUAACCGGUGGCCUGUACAGUUGUGACAUCACCACCGAAUCCGAUGACUGUCGCCGAAUCGAUUUUGACAAUGAAGAGGAUGUGAGAGUUGAGAACAAGGAGAACCAGUGGAUGGGGGUGACAGUUAACAGCCAGGGCCCCGGAGGGAAGAUUGUGACCUGUGCUCACCGCUAUCAGAGACGUCUGUUUGUGGACACUGCUCAGGAGUCCCGUGACAUCACAGGUCGCUGCUACAUCCUGAGUCAGGACCUCACUAUUGACGAAUCCUCUGAUGAAGAUGGAGGGAACUGGAGGUUCUGUGAGGGGAGAGCCAGAGGCCAUGAGAGGUUUGGCUCCUGUCAGCAGGGUCUGGCUGCCACUUUCACCAAGGACUACCAUUACGUGGUGUUUGGAGCGCCUGGCGCCUACAACUGGAAAGGCAUUGUACGUGUAGAGCAAAAGAACAACACUUUGUUGGAAAGGGGAUUUUAUGAUGACGGACCUUAUGAAGUUGGAGAUGAGAACCGCUUGGAUCCUGACCUGGUGCCUGUGCCUGCUAACAGCUACUUAGGGUUUUCCAUUGAUUCUGGGCAUAGCAUUACCAAGGGGCGUGGACUGACCAUUGUGUCUGGGGCACCGCGAGCCAAUCACUGUGGGGCUGUGGUCCUGUUGAGAAAGGAGAAUGAAGUGUCCGCAAGACUCUCUCCAGAGUACAUUCUAGAAGGGCCUGGACUGGCAUCUUCUUUUGGAUAUGAUGUAGCUGUGGUCGACCUGAAUGGAGAUGGGUGGCAGGAUAUUGUUGUUGGAGCCCCUCAGUUCUUUAUGAAAGAGGGAGACUUUGGAGGAGCUGUUUAUGUCUACAUCAACCAGGCAGGAAAGUGGGACAAGAUCACCCCAAUCCGCCUCAAUGGAACCAAAGACUCAAUGUUUGGGCUGGCAGUGGAAAACAUCGGUGACAUCAAUCAGGACUCCUAUCAAGACAUUGCUGUUGGAGCGCCCUACGCUGAUGCCGGGGCAGGAAAAGUGUACAUUUACCACGGUUCUGCUAUUGGAAUCAACACCAAGCCGGCACAGAUCCUUGAGGGAAUGCCCAACAACAUCAGAUUAUUUGGAUAUUCUCUGGCUGGGAAUAUGGAUUUAGAUAAGAAUUCCUAUCCUGAUAUAGCUAUUGGGUCUCUCUCAGAUACAGUUCUCGUUUACAGGGCAAGGCCAAUUAUUAGCAUUCAGAAGGAUGUCAAAAUUACUCCAAAGGAAAUUGACCUCACAAAGAAAACCUGUGGCAACAGUAUCUGCUUGACCGUGGAGGCAUGUUUCACCUAUAAAGCAAACCCUGUAUCCUACAGCCCAAAACUAACUAUCCGCUACGCAUUUGAGGGUGAGGCAGAUCGCAGGAAGCAAGGGCUUCCCUCCAGGAUCCUCUUCCUCAACAAGUCGCGCACCGACCAGGACUUCCGAUCGACCGGAACUCUGGACCUCCGGGGACAAAACAAAAGAGCUUGCACCAAGACAAAAAUCAAACUGCAGGAUAACAUUAGGGACAAGCUGCGUGGUAUUCCCAUUGAGGUGUCGUUGGGAAUCCAGGGUACCAAGCGGCAGAAGAGGCAGAACGCUCUCCCCCAGCUUGUGCCUAUUCUUGACAACUCCCAGCCAAGCAAGGUCGUCACUGAGGUGAACUUCUUAAAGGAGGGAUGCGGAAAUGAUAAUAUUUGCCAGAGUAGCUUACAACUGGAGUACAGAUUCUGCUCCAAAGAGCUCAACCAAGAUAUAUUUCCCCCAUUACCUAUGCAGAAUGGGCUACCAGUGAUCUCCCUCAGUGAUCAGAAGGACAUAGCUCUGGAGGUGACAGUGAAGAACAGAAAUGGGGAUGAUGCCCAUGAGGCUAAACUGGUGGGGAUGUUCCCCAACGCUCUCUCAUACUCCGGUUUCCGCUCUCAGAAAAUGACAAGGGAUAAACCGGUUCUCUGUUUAGCCAACCAGAAUGGCUCCCAAACAGAGUGUGAACUGGGGAAUCCAUUCAAAAGAGAUUCAGAGGUGACUUUCUACAUAAUCUUGAGCACUGCUGGUAUCUCUCUCCAUACGGCAGAAAUUAAUAUUGACCUUGAGCUUCAAACGACCAGUACACAGGACAAAAUGGGAAGAGUGAAAGCAAAGGCGAAAGUCGUGAUUGAGCUGUUACUUUCUGUUGCAGGAGUUGCGAGACCCUCCCAGGUGUAUUUUGGGGGUGAUGUGAAAGGAGAGAGCGCCAUCAAGACAGAAGAGGAGAUCGGCGGUUUGAUUGAUUAUGAAUUUAAGAUAAUCAAUUUGGGUAAGCCGUUGAAGUCCUUUGGCACAGCCUCGUUGAACAUCCAGUGGCCCAAAGAGAAUGUGGAUGGGAAAUGGCUGUUAUAUCUGGUUAAGAUCAGCAGUACUGGCCUGGAAGAGAUCCCCUGCUCCCCAGAGACUGAGAUCAACUCUCUCGAACACAUUCAGGAGUCCGGCACAUCUAGGAAAAAGCGUGAAGUUGGAGGCAAAAAAUCUGGAAGCAAAAUGACUUUAUUGGACAAAAAAAAGCACAAGAUUUUGAUGUGUGGCAAUGGCUAUGACGCUAGAUGUGUGGUGAUCAAGUGCCCUCUACAGGGCUUGGACAGUAGUGCAGUGAUUGCGCUGCGAUGCCGUCUGUGGAACGCUACCUUUCUUGAGAAUUAUGCCAAUUUGAACUAUCUUGAUAUAAUUGUGAAAGCAUCCAUCAGCCUUGAUGCUCCUGCAAAGAAUAUGGUUCUCAGGAAUGCUGAGACUCAGGUGAGAGUCACGGUGUUUCCAGAGAAGGCAGUAACCCAGUAUGGUGGAGUUCCCUGGUGGAUCAUCCUUGUGGCUGUCCUGGCUGGUAUUCUGAUGUUGGCAUUGCUAGUGUUUCUACUCUGGAAGUGUGGAUUUUUCAAACGUUCUGAACAUGAUGACAGCGUUCCAAUAUACCAUGCUGUACGGAUAAGGAAAGAGGCUCGUCAGUUCAAAGACAGGAAAACCAAGCUGCAUUCCUUUGAGAAAAAGCAGUGGGUGACACGCUGGAAUGAGAAUGAGAACUACCCAUAAGACACUUGACUGUUGGGAUGCUGUCAGAGACAAGAAUCUCCCAUUUUUUUUCUAAACAUCCCAGUGUCACAAACCCAUUGAUCUUAGUGAUUUAUUGUGUACAGUCUAAACUCAAUUGACUGCAUUUGUGAAGCAAACUCCAAAAUAAACUGUGUCCUAUCCAGAGGAAAUGAGAAGCAUCAUAUCUUACAAUUCAUUUUCUCUGAAUUGAGACUUUUUAAAUGAAUUAUCUGCCAUUGAUUGUUUUUUAUAUAUUUUUUUUAGCAUAAACAGUUUCAAUCCAAUGUUUACCUGAAGAUAAUAUUUUUUUUGCAGUCACUUUUGUCCAAUCUAAUGUACUGUAUAGACUGGAACAUUUUGUAUGUUUGUAUAUAUUUAAAUACUUUAGCACACUGUAUAUUUAUUUGAGUCAUUAUUAAAAAAAAAAAAUGCAUUGGCCAAA